UACGCGGUGUCGAGCAGUAGCACCGGCACCACCAGCCAGCACCAUCAGCCAGCAUUCAGCAGCAGUAGCCGCGACGUUGCUGAAGGGGCUUUCGGGAUGUCGUCGCGCUAAGGUCCGGUGUCGCGGCUGUGUCGUGCGGGGUCUACGUUGUUGUCUUCGGCGUGCCCUUCGCGCUUUACACCGACGAACGCGAACACUCGAUUCCGACGUAACGGAGAACUUGCAGCAGUCGAGUGGGUGCAUCGAGAUCAAGUUCUGUUCCUCGUAUCAACAUAGUUUCGUAGUAUAGAUCUUUCGAAUGAAGUGAAUGAACGUGCAUUAAGCCCUUUCCAUCAAGUAUCAAAAAAAUCACGCGGUUGUACGCGGCCGAAGCAAUUGGCGCUAAUAACUCAUUCUAUCCGAAUCCCGUCGUCCCAAAUAUAAUUGAAAAAUACCAGAGGACAAAAUAACGCACGAGUGCUUCAGCGGCAAUCCAUUCCGGCACGGUGGAAACAACGGUGAUUUUCUGCGCGAUUUUGUAAUUCGACGAGAGGACCGUCGCGAAAGUGCAGUGAGACAAAUGUUUCAUGGACAUCCGGACACAUCGCGCUGGUAGCACCGUCGACUCAUCGAUAGUUGCGGCGCGGUCGAAGGUGGUACGAAGAUCAUCGACGAUAUGUCCUCGGAAAUCCACGGACUCUCGUGAAAAAAUUAUCUUUGGAAUUUGAAGAGGGGAUUUCUCGAGAGAAAAAUGGCAGAUCGACAGAGAAGGAGUCGGUACUUGACCAUCAGUAUACUGCAUAUUAUCACAAUAAUGUGUCAAGCGCUCUCCGAUCCGCCGAUAUUUGCCGAACCGAUACCAAAUGUCACAGUGGCGCUGGGAAGAGAUGUCAGUCUACCCUGCGUCAUCGAAAACCUCGGAACUUACAAGGUGGCGUGGAUUCAUGUUGGUCGUCAAAUGCUGCUGACUAUUCACAAACAUGUAGUCGUGAAAGUACCCAGGUUUUCUGUGUCGCAUGACAAUCAGAAGACAUGGUUGCUUCAUAUUAGUAGCGUGCAACAAGACGACCGAGGUUAUUAUAUGUGCCAAGUAAAUACCAAUCCAAUGAUAAGUCAAGUGGGCUUUCUUCAAGUCGUCGUGCCACCAAAUAUAUUGGAUUCUCUUUCUACGGAGAGCACUGUGGCAGUUCGGGAACAUCAGAAUAUUACUCUCACGUGCAAGGCUGAUGGAUAUCCACCGCCGAAAUUAAUGUGGAAACGAGAGGACGGUCAAGUGAUAAGCCUCAACAAACAUCACAAAGUGACCGUGUAUGAUGGCGAGCAAUUAAACUUGACGCGGAUCACGCGCAGCGAAAUGGGCGCUUAUCUCUGCAUCGCGACCAAUGGCGUGCCGCCCACAGUCAGCAAGAGGAUCACCGUGGAUGUCGAAUUUUCGCCAAUGAUCUUUGUGCCGAAUCAGCUGGUCGGUGCGCCCACCGGCACCAACGUAACGAUCGACUGUCAUACGGAAUCUUAUCCCCGUGCCAUGAGCUACUGGUUUCUAGGAGAGGAGAUGAUUCUCUCCAAUGAGAAAUACGCCACGAAUAUUAUGGAGAACAGCUACCGGGCGCACAUGAGACUCACCAUCAGAAACCUGACAACGAGUGACUUCGGUAGCUACCGGUGCAUUAGCAAAAACUCGCUUGGCGAGACCGAGGGAUCCAUCAGAUUAUACCCUAUCCCGAAACCGUCGGUGGCACCGAAGGCGACGGAGAUCAAGAGCAGCGCCAACAAAGAAGGACGACCGAGCACGCAACCGCCAGCAAAAAGCCCGACCACCGUGUGGCCCUCCUCGAACAACCCCUACUAUCCGAAAAGGACAGAGAGACCACCUCCACCGAGUGAGGAGAGGGUCGAGAGGCCCGAGCAGAAGCUACGUGGUGGCGAAAGUACAGGAAGCGCAUACAUCAUCAGAUGGAGUGCGCCGCAGUUGAUGGUCGUGGCGGUGCAGUACAUUCUCACCGGGCCCUAUAUGCCCCCCUACGUACCCCAGACGGCGAAUUAAGACGUCUGCAGGAAAAGAAGUUCAAUCUAAAGUGGGGUCGUGGACGACACGACGAGGAACCCGAGAAAUUCCGGUUCCUAUUAGAAUAUAUCAUCGCGUAUCUUUUGCACGGAACGCGCUUUUUGCGGAAUUCGCGGCGAGUACGCGGAAUGUGAGUGGUUACGUGGAUGAACAGGAAGUUGUGCUCGCAAACGGAUAACUGGUUUACGAUCGACAGACACCAAUAUAUUCCGAGCCGGAACGGACUCCGAUUUCGCUUUAUGUACUGUUCGCCGAAUGGUACGAUCAUCGCGAAUCGGAUUGAGAGAUUUUCACGACGACAGCAAGGUAUUACGUAAUUUUAUUCUUAUUAAAUGGUCCUCAAGCGGAGGAUAAUACGGUGAAAUUCCUGGCUGUGCUCGACAGGUUCCAUUCUUGUUAUGGACGUCGUAUAAUUCUCUAUGAAAUCUGUAUGAAAUUUUUGCGCGCAAGAUCGAAUGAUUAUCGCUCUUUGCUUUCAUCAGCGUUUCUCACAAAGGUUCAAAAUUCAAACGAGUAGCUAGAAAGAGCGAUUGAUAUCAACAUGACGAUGAGUAGUGAUAUUAAUAAAUCCUAAAUAUUAAUAUUACUGGACGCCGAAUAUAUUUGAAAAUAUUCGAGAUGAUUUAAAAAAAAAAAUGAAAUGUAUUCGGAUAAAUUAUCGGGAGAAAUGAUAGAUUCGGAUAAAUUCAUUAUAUCCUAUCAUAUUUUUUAUGAUAGUUUUUGUGAUUUUUCGAGAUAAUUUUUCUAAAAUAUAACAUAUACAUAAUAUUCAGUACAUGUCUCACGAAAUGUAUACGAUGGAAAUUAUGAAGAAUGUUUGUUUAAUGAAAAUUAACUAGAGAAAUAUUACUUUGAUUCUGUAAUCUCAAGUCUGUAAUCAAGGAUCGUUGUUCCGUAACAUGAAGAACAAUUCAUAAGUCAAACAAAAGAAUUAUGCGUUUUCUCGGUGUGUAAACCGGCACACCUUGAGACCAACAUGUUACACGCAAUGAGGAAAUGUCUAAGAGAUCUCUCCAGAGAGCAAGGGGAAUUUGAUUAAUGCCAUGGCACGUAAAAAAUGGCGAGGGAGUGGCCAUGACUCUUCGAAAUAGUAAGCUUGAUGAUAACAUAGGAAUCAUCGAGACUUUUCUGCGGAAAAAAAAAUAAAAAUAUGUCGCAGAAUAAGUUGGAAAUUUUUGAAAGAAAUGCAAUAGAGAAACUUCAAUAAAAUUGUGAGUGAAUUAAAAAAUAAAAUGUUUCGUUAGAAUUUAAAUAUUGAAUCACAUCGUAUAUGUAUGAAUAAAUAUAUAUCGCGUGUAAAUGUAAUACAUACAUAAAAAAAUAUAGACAUUUUAUAGAAAUAAGUUUUUUAGAUAAUAAUAUAAAAGACAAGAAAAUAGGAUGGCUGCUUUUGUACAAAUUUUAUCACGCGCAAAUUGUCAGUUUCCUAUGGACCAAAACAAAAUUUAUUGCAGAUCAGGACAUAUAUUAUUGUCCAAUAAAAUUUAUAUCAACUUCCAAUAUCCGGAUUUAUCGUGGACGACAUAUUAUUGCUUCAUGAAAAUUUAUGAAUAUUAUAUAAUUCAUUAAAUGUUCUCCUCUUAUUUAAAGAUAUAUAUAGAUAUUUCGAAGCUAAAACACUGUUGGCAAUUUUUAAUUAUGACAUACAUGUGUCGGAACAUUAUUAUUCGCUAAUUAAACGUUCCAUAAAAUUUUUCCAUUUUACCUCGUAUAGCGUACCUCAAUACUGCCUUCCACUGCCACUAUUAAAUAGCAUGCAGCACUGAUUCGAUUAAAGUUACAGCAUAGAAUAACCACCCUGCCGUUUAUAGAUUCAAAGAAAAGCUGAAAUUAUAAUUCACGAUUUAUAUACGACUCCUUUUGAUUACAUGAAAAUUAUGAUUCUCAUCUGGGCGCCAUAAUUGCGUGCGUCCGUUAACGAAAUGGUCUCGCUCGGUUAUUGCUGCGAGAGAAUCGUUUUACACAAUUACAAGCGCACGAUUUCUAUCGCAGGUACAAUGGAUCAGAACUGAAUUAAUACACGAGCGUGAAAUUAAAUUACUUUAUAUAUAAAGGAACGCGCGCACAUACAUAUAUUGAGCAGCAACAUUUCUCUCUAACCGGAAGUCUCCACGCGGUGGUUAAUUACCUCCCGCUCUUCACAUUCAUAAGGCUUUACAUACGCCAUUAUACAUAUCAAAACCUCAGCGUUUUACCAGUACCUUAUGCUAAUUACUAUUCUAGUUAUCGGCCAUUAUUAAUAGCUCUAAAACAAAACCAGUUAAAAUUUUGCAAAUUUAUAAUAUUUCAUAUAUUUCAAUUAUAUAUAUAUUCUUUUUUUCCCCAUUACGCAUACAUGAUAAACUUUGUUCGUUCAACAAAAUUAUGUUUGAGAAGCAAUUUUAAAUUACGAUAUUUUCUGCACAGACAGACACUGUUAAUUACAUAUUUGCAUUAUAUGAUAAGUUUUAAAAUGACAUUAUAAACUUCGAAGUAUUACGCAACCUUAAGAAGUCUCGCGGCAAGACUUGUGUUUGCGAAAAAUUGAAAAGUUUAGCUAUAUAUCUUGCGAAUCAGGGAAAGCGCGAUGUAAAUCGCAAAGUUACAUUUUGGCUUUAAUAAAAUUCACUUUGACAGUCUCUUCUUAACACAACCCAUAAGACGAAAGAAGGCUUUUUUACAAUUAAAUAUAAACGGCGUGUAUCAUUUCUUUGAAAAAUGUUUUUAGCAAUACGAACCUGGUCUCUGUAUAUCUCUCUUCCUUUCUUACACAGAUGGACCAUCGAUCUUGUUCAAAAGAACGGAUGGUGACUGCCGGCGCAUUCCGAUAUUUUCCUCUCUCUCGCGCGCGGACAACAGCUCCGUUUCGGUAACACGAUUCACCGGAAUUUGUUUCAUAGGGAUUACCGAUCUCUGGAUAUAUCAAAAGGAUACACCUUGACCGCUCCGUUCUAUCUCGAUCCGCUUCCGGAAAUGCCCGCACGGGAAGCUCGCGAAGCGACGAUCGUGAACGCAACACGCGAGCCUCGAAAUAUACAUAUAUAAUCUCGCGCCGAUAUAAUUGUACAGAGCGUUUCGGAGGUAUCAUUCCGUAAUCUAUGUAGUCCCCGGUCGGAUGGGGGAUUAUGUUAAGCGAUGCGUGAGCGCGGCCACAGUCCACGGCAAUCCAGGCGUAACAGAGAUACUGCUCGGUAACGUCGUUACACUCGCGCACACGCGCUUAUAUAUGCGACUCGCGAUUAUGUAUCGUACAUACGUAUCGUACAUAAGCCCGAUGUAUAUUUGUAUAUCGGAGAUGAUAUGGCCGCGCGAUGCAUCACCGCGAUUGCUACAAAAGGAUGCGCUCAGGGGCGGAUUCAUCCAGAUGCCAAUAAAGCUUUGGUUUUAGUCGCCCGCGCGUUUGUCUUGUAUAAGAAUUUUGAUCGCAAAUACUUUUGUCAAGGUUGUCAAUGGAGAUCUUUAUAUUUGUGUUGCAAUUUUAUAAAUGUUAUUAUUAAUAUUAUUGUUAUUAUUAGAUAUCUUAACAACGCGUAAAAAAUAAAAUGUUUAUAAAAUAAAAUCUAAAAUAAAAAUUGAAUCCGAAUUAAACGACAAAUUGUUUUCCAUUAUUUAUUCGCGACUCUGAAGCUUCAUUCGCGACAAGUUUUCCAUCUUGGACGUUUCGUAUCGUAAAAAUUACUAACAUCUCGAUAUCAC